GUGACUAAACACCAAAUAAAAGCAAUUAACGAAGCAUCAAACCCAGUAAUGAAGAAAACUACACACUCCCCUAAUUAGCUUCGCCCCCAGGUGUGUAUAUAUAUACAAAAUAAAAUAUAUAUAAUCUUGGAUUAAUCUGAGACCUACCAGCAAAGGUGAGCAUUGAUGCGAUCGAUCCCAUUUUUGAUCCAUUUAUUUACAAACCGAACAAAAUAAAAUAUCCACAAUCUGAGAGAAACCUAGGCAGAUAAAAAUAGAUAUUUUUUAGAGAGAGAAAGUGAUGAUGGGAUGGAGAAGGGUUUGAAGGAGGAGGGCGGUGGAGAUGGCGAGAGGAGAGUGGUUGCAUAAUGGGCGGUGUUCGUACAAGAGGACAACCCUCAUUGUUUGUUCCGUCAACAUUAUUGUUGCUCUCUAUGUGCUCCGCUCCCUUUGCACUUCUCUCUACAUCUACUCCGGUGAUUACCGCACCGUUAAGUACACUCCGAAUCAGAUUAGGAAAAUGGAGGAGGCGAAUCAAAUACGAAAAGCAUCGGAACCGACGGAACUUGUUAAACUGGUGACGCGGCUAAAGAGAAACUUUGUAAAUGAAGAAAGAGCGGUGGAGCUGCCUCAGCAUUUGAGACAGAAGUUGGUGCACGAGAUCUUAGAUAGGUUGAGAAGCUUGGAUUCUGCUGCUAAUGUAACGGAGCAACGAGAAGCUGUCGAAUCCUGGCGCGAAGAAAAAAUAAAAGAAGUUCAAGAACUUAACCGAGGAGAAUACUUAAAUUCGACAAUUUUGCCCGAAGAAGCCCGUGCUGUUGCAAGAGCACUGAGUUCUGAUUGGUCCGACUUUUCAGAAGAGAUAGGUCUUUGGAUACCACUUCAAAUCAUUAAUAAAGAACACGAUGAUAAACCCGAGGGUGAAGACGAAUUUGAAGAGGAGAUAUUACCAGGCACAAAGUUACCUCCGGAAUGCCACGGUGAACUUCAUACUGAUUAUGAUGGUGCUGCUGUGAGGUGGGGCCUUACGCACCACAAAGAGUCUGCUUACGAUUGUUGUAUGUCUUGUUUGGAUCACGCUAAACGGGCUAAACCCGGUGAAAACAAAUGCAAUAUAUGGGUUUACUGCCCGUCUGAAACUGGAUGCUACUCUCCAGAUAUUUACGAACACAAAAAUCAAGAGUGCUGGCUAAAAUAUGCAGAGACACCGAAAUUGAAUUUUAAGGACACAUAUCCGGAAUCAUAUAGAGAUUCACACCCGAAUGCACCGGUUAUUGUUCCAUGGGUAUCUGGUGUCAUGAGCGUGUGACAUAUUUCGUCUGACGAAUUUAUCUGCUGCAUAAUGGAGUAUUUAUGAAAAGUUCGGGUAGCUAUUAAUGUUAUUAUACUUGGUCAUGUCGGGGAUUAGUUAUUCUUUUUUUAUUACACGAUAGUUAGGGCUUGGUGCUGCUCGAUUUUUCAGAAUCGCGGAAGCCAAAAACGGUACCAUUUUUAUUGUUCGAGAAAAAGCUCGGACACCGGAACAACCUUUUUUUGGGGGAAUUUGUUUUGCAAUAAUUGACAUUUGAGACUAGAAGUUUACACUAAUCACGUGUUGUAUACGAACUUCAUUCUUUAUUUAAUGGCACUUUUAUUUUAGUUUU